GGUCCGAGAUACCGGUAAUGGCUUGGUAAUGUGCAUUUCGGGCAGUCAUGAACCGAUCGCCGGUCCGCUCUAUACUGCUGUUGAUGCUCGGCAUUUGCAGCACGGCACAGGUAGAGUCCCACCACAUACUCGGCCUCUUUGUCAAUGUGCAUCGCUCCCAGCUGCUGGUGCACAUGGCCGUGGCUCGUGCUCUGCUGCAACGCGGUCAUCAGCUGACUGUGGUCACCACGCUGCCCUUGGCGGAAGUUCAACUGCAGGGCAAUGUCACACACAUUGUGGUGCCAUGGGAACAGCCAGUGGAUGAGGUUCAACCGGGAUCCACUUCGGACUGGCUGCUGCGCUUGCAGCGAAUGUUCAAUCGCUUGGAGCAGUCGGGGGAUCUGCUCGAUCAGCCUGCCUGGAAAGAUUUCCUGAAGCUGUCACCCAAACCCCACUUUGAUCUGUUACUUUUGGGCUACCAUUUCAAUGAUCAUCUUCUGGGCGUGGCUGCGCAUUUCAAUUGUCCAACGGUCAUAGUCUCCACCCAGCAACCCAUUGGAUUUGUCAACAGUCUCAUGGGCAAUCCAGAGGAGCGCUGGUAUGUGCCUCAGCCAUAUGACAGUCGCCAGCGCAGUGGAAUCUCUGCCUGGCUCUUUGGAGUGUGGGAAAAGCUAAUGGAAAUGGUGGCGAGAAGGGUUCUGCAAAAGAUUUACAGUUUACACUUUCCCGAGCCGCAUUAUCCGCCCUUGGAGACGAUGCGUCGAUCUGUUGUCUUGGCUCUGAAUAAUCAUCACAUGAUCAGCGAGGGACCCAUUGCUCCGCUUUUGCCCAGCAUGAUUGAUAUGGGAGGAAUACUCUUGGAGCAAAAGUUGAAUGAAACGUUGCCAGCGAUUGCGCGGAAUCGUUCGCUCAUCAUCUUCAGUUUGGGCACUCGCUUUAGUUGGCAAAGAUCCCCUGGGCAUUUGGUUGAGACGUUUACUGAGGCGUUUGCUCAAUUUCCCGACUAUGACAUCUAUUGGACAUACGAUGGCCCCAAUGCCAGUGAAAUGAUGUCAUAUCAUUCCCAUCUAAAGCUGGCCAAAUGGUGGCCCCAGCGGCACUUGCUGGGCCAGCAGCAGGCGCGCCUCUUCAUCACACACGGCGGCAAGGGCAGCGUCACCGAAGCGCUGUAUUAUGGUGUGCCCAUGUUGGGUCUACCCCUGCUGGGCGAUCAACGAUCCAAUCUGCAAAAGAUGGAAGCCAAAGGCUGGGGUUUGACGUUGUCCAUGCAGAAUGUCAGCCACGUGGAGCUGGCCAAAGCCAUGGGGCGAAUUCUGAGCGAUUCCCAUUAUUCCGCAAGCAUUUCGACAGCUUCCCAUCUCUAUCGCGAUCGUCCGAUGAGUGCGAGCGAUGUGGCCACCUACUGGCUGGAGUAUGUCGUACGCCACAGGGGUGCCAAGCAUCUGUACAGUCCCGCACGGCAGCUCAACUUUGUGCAGUACCACUCACUCGAUGUCUAUGCGUUGGUCUAUGGUGGAUUGUUGCUGCUAAUUGGAAUCUUUAGCAGAAUAAACCAAUGGGGAUUUCUGUGACUAGAAGUAUCGUUUAAUUGAAUACAGAUACACGCGGUAAAUAGCUUAAGGUAUGAACUUAGUCGAAGGUAUCUUAAGUACACUGAAUGUUAAUUGCAAAUACUUCUGAACGGAAC